AUGGACCUGAUCCCAAACUUCUCCAUGGAAACCUGGAUGCUCCUGGCUACCAGCCUGGUGCUCCUCUACCUAUAUGGAACUCAUUCGCAUGGACUUUUUAAAAAGUUGGGAAUUCCUGGGCCCAAACCUCUGCCUUUCUUUGGGUCAAUUCUUGCUUAUAGGAAGGGUUUCUGGGAAUUUGACACACAAUGUCAUAAAAAAUAUGGGGAAAUGUGGGGGUUUUAUGAGGGCCGAAACCCUCUUUUGGCUAUCACGGAUCCAGACAUGAUCAAAACAGUGCUGGUGAAGGAAUGUUAUUCUACCUUCACAAAUCGGCGGACUUUUGGUCCAGUGGGAAUUAUGAAAAAAGCCAUCUCCGUCGCUGAGAAUGAAGAAUGGAAGAGAAUCCGAGCAUUGCUGUCUCCAACCUUCACCAGUGGAAAGCUCAAGGAGAUGCUCCCCAUCAUUAAGCAGUAUGCAGAUGUGUUGGUGAAAAACAUGAGGAAGAAAUCAGAGAAUGGGGAUCCCAUCAGCAUGAAAGACAUCUUUGGGGCCUACAGCAUGGAUGUGAUCACUUCCACAUCAUUUGGAGUAAAUGUUGAUUCCCUCAACAAUCCUCAGGACCCUUUUGUGGAAAAAAUCAAGAAGCUCUUAAAAUUUGAUGUCUUCGAUCCUUUGAUCCUCACAGUGACACUCUUUCCAUUCCUUGCCCCAAUACUUGAUGUAUUAGGUUUCUGCCUGUUUCCAAAAGAUGUCAUAAGCUUUUUUAAAACUUCUGUGCAACGAAUGAAAGAGAAUCGCAUGCAAGAGAAAGAAAAGCAAAGAGUGGAUUUUCUUCAACUGAUGAUAAACUCCCAGAAUUCCAACAUCAAGGAGUCUCAUAAAGCUUUGUCCGACCUGGAGAUUGUGGCUCAGUCAGUUAUAUUUAUUUUCGCUGGCUAUGAGACCACUAGCAGCGCUCUUUCCUUUGCUUUGUAUUUACUGGCCACUCAUCCUGAUGUCCAGAAGAAACUGCAGGAUGAAAUUGAUGCAGCUCUGCCCAAUAAGGCACCCCCCACCUAUGAUGCCCUGGUCCAGAUGGAAUAUCUGGACAUGGUGAUAAAUGAAACUCUCAGAUUAUAUCCAAUUGCUGGAAGACUAGAGAGGGUCUGUAAGGCAGAUGUGGAAGUUAAUGGGGUUCUCAUUCCCAAAAGGACUGUGGUGAUAGUACCAAUUCUUGUUCUUCACAAAGACCCAAAGUACUGGCCAGAGCCUGAGGAGUUCCGCCCUGAAAGGUUCAGCAAGAAGAACGAGAACAACAUUAAUCCUUACACGUAUCUGCCCUUUGGGGAUGGACCCAGGAAUUGCAUUGGCAUGAGAUUUGCUCUCAUGAACAUGAAAAUUGCUCUUGUCAGCAUCCUGCAGAACUUCUCCUUCCAACCUUGUAAGGAAACUCAGAUCCCUUUAAAAUUAAGCAAGCAAGGACUUCUUCAACCAGAAAAACCAGUACUUCUAAAGGUUGUGUCAAGAGAUGGGACCAUAAGUGGAGCUUGA